AUGGGUAAUCGUAAAAUCAUUGUCGAUCAUCGAGAUCAUCUCCUGUCCCUCGGGCAGGCGGACCCGCAGCACACCAAACAACCGAUUGAGUUCAAUAAGUUCAGUCAGGCCAAUCGGAACAAAAAUGGUAGCGAUGGUCUUGCAGUCUCCAGUGUUCAUCGGGGGUUGAUUCCAAAGUCCAGUUCCCCAUGCAACCAUCAGGGAUCGGGACUGGGAAAGGCGAAAAUUUAUAAAUGUAUUUCUUCCCUUGUAAAUUUUCCCUUGCAGCACACCUUGACUGGACACAGUGGAAAGGUCCUGGCGGCGAAGUUUCUUGGUUCCGCUUUCCUCGUUACCGGAAGCCACGAUCGAACGCUCAAAAUAUGGGACCUCAAAAAUCGUUCAUGUACUGAAACAAAGUUUGCCGGUUCAAGUUGCAACGAUCUAGUCACGACGGAUAGUUUCUCCUUUAUUAGUGGACACGUGGAUAAGAAGAUACGGUUCUGGGAUGUGCGGACCGCUGACUGUACCGCGAAUGAUAUACCACUGCAGGGCAAAAUCACCUCGCUCGAUCUUUCCAAGGAUGGUAAAUUUUUGCUAUGUUGUGUACGGGAUGAUACAAUCAACCUGCUGGAUUUACGUCAGAAUCGCAUCGUACGCACAUUUCGGAACGAUAAUUUUAAGGUUGGUUGCGACUGGUCGAGAGUAGCAUUCAGUCCAUCAAGCUCCCGAAUAGCAGCCGGAUCGGCUGAUGGAUCAGUUUUCAUUUGGAACAUUAAUGGACCUCUAGAGACGGUGCUGAAGGAUCCCAAUGGAAGCGGUGCGGCUGUCACGGCCGUCAGCUGGCAUCCGUUCAGCUCCACCCUGGCAUCAGUCGAUCGGGCCAAAAAGUGUACCAUCUGGUCGAAUGCUUAA